GCCAACUAACUUGCCAGCGCCUGUUCCCCCUCCUCACGCCCGACUGCGCCGCCCGCCGCGCCGUGCUCCCUGCUCCAGCCUCCGACGGCGCCCUUGGCUUGCUGCGGGCGUGCGCCUCGUGCCGCGCGCUUGCUGAGGGCGUGCGCCUCGGCCGCGCCCCUGCCACCGCUGCGAGCUGGCACUUGGCGGCGCUGCAGCUAGGGUUCGGCCCAGACAAGCCGCCUCCGGUCGAUUCGCCGUCUCCGAUCGCCUCGCCUCGGCUUGCUCACCUCCGCCGACCCCCUCCACUCCAUCUCCCCCGUAUCAUUCGCUGAGGUUGCUCUUCUAUGGAAACAUCCAAAGAACAGGCUCCCAAGAACUAUGCUGAUUUUGAGGAGAAGGUUAAGCGGACCAUAUAUGUCGAGCACCUUUCUCCUCAAGUUACGAUCCAAGUCAUCAAAGCAGCUCUUGCCCAGUGUGCGAAUGUCGUAAAUGUGGAAUUCAUUGUGAACUACACAAUCCCCUAUGAUAUCCCUUAUGCCGCGUUGGUGGAAUUGGAUGACCAUAUGCAGGCCAAGGCUGCUGUUGAAUUGAUGGGUGAUUUCCCAUUCAUAAUUGGUGGAAUGCCAAGGCCCGUGAAAGCUACCCAUGCAAAGGCUGAGAUGUUCCGGGAUCGCCCUCCUUGCCCUGGUCUUAAGAAAGAUUUCCGCUGGAUAAAACAAGGAGAUGGUGAGUAUGAAGCAAUGAAGAAACUGAAAAUCCUUGCAAAGAGACAAGAGUCAGAGAACAUGGCUCUCAUAAAGAAUCUAUUGGACGAGGAGAAGGAGCUGGCGAAGCAGCAGCAGGAAGCACUUGAUGGCAACUGGCAGAAUUAUGAAAUGCUUGAAAUUGUGAUGAAGAAUGGAGCCAUAAAAAGCCUUGCUCGUCAUUACGGAGUGGACCUGGGUGACUGACGGGACAAAUUCAAGGAACAGCUGUACAGUCAGCACUUUUGCCCUGGGGUGUUGGUAAAUGCUGCGAUGCAUUGGAUUAGUUGUGAUUCAGUAGCUGGAUCCUGCAGUGUAACAGUUAGCCCGACUUAGUGUACACGCUGUUGCUGCGUUAGAAUCCUAUAGAAAAUGGCAGCCUUAGUGUUCAACCUUUUGUUUCUUGGGCUGUAACAUGGCGCCGAAACUGAAGCAUCCACUGCCGUGUGAUGGGUCUCGUGUGUAUAUUGCUACAUGAAAGUAUGAAACUGGAGUGCCUUUCUUUCUUGUGUUGAACAUGUUUGGAGGGGCUACUGUUCAAUGUUUACUUUCCAAGUCUUGUUCUGAACAUUGAACAGUAGCUGGUAUACACAAACCACAUUGAGUUUCAUUUGGA